AUGGUCGGUCCACCCGUCAGCACCCGCGAUCGCCUUCGUCACCAGCACGUCCCGCUGAUCUCGCCUCCGGACGAUGACAUAGUCCAGCAGGUGUCACUGACGCGACCGAUGAUGCCUCCACGUGGCCUUUUCCCGCUCCGGCAGACAGAAGAACGUGUUCGUCAGGAUGAGGCGGUGUUCUGCGCAGGUGCGGAGGAGAAGCAGGCCGUUGUCGUUGGAGCCGCGGAGACCGUGAGGACCCAGCACUCUCCUCCAGGCAGUAUGAUCUGUGCCGACGCGGGCGUUGAAGUCACCAAGGACAAUCAACUUGUCCGCCUUCGACACAGUCGCCAAGAGGGCGUGCAGGUCCUCGUAGAAUUUGUCUCUGACGACGUCGGAACUGGUCAUCGGCGGAGCGUAGGCGCUGAUGAUGGUGGCGAACUUGCCUCCUCGCCGGAGGGGCAGGCGGUGGCUCAUCAGGCGAGCGUUGAUUCCCUGCGGCAGACAGGGCAGUCGUCCCACGAUGUCGGUCCGGAUGGCGAAGGCGACGCCCGCGUCUCGUCGCUCUGCCCUGGGUCGGCCACUCCAGAAGAAGGUGUAACCGGCACCCACCUCCUCUAG